UGUCAAUUAAAUUGGUGCAACAGGUGCAUCAGACUUAGGUUCUGCUUUAGAAGAGUGCAUUAAUCUCUCAAAUUUAACACUUGAUCUUCGUGGAAAUUAAAUUGGUACAACAGGUGCAUCAGGUUUAGGUUCUGCUUUAGCAAAGUGCAUUAAUCUCUCAAAUUUGACACUUAAUCUUAGUCACAAUUAAAUUGGUGCAACAGGUGCAUCAGACUUAGGUUCUGCUUUAGAAGAGUGCAUUAAUCUCUCAAAUUUAACACUUGAUCUUCGUGUCAAUUAAAUUGGUGCAACAGGUGCAUCAGACUUAGGUUCUGCUUUAGCAAAGUGCAUUAAUCUCUCAAAUUUGACACUUGAUCUUUAAUACAAAUAAAUUGGUGCAAAAGGUGCAUCAGGCUUAGGUUCUGUUUUAGCAAAGUGCAAUAAUCUCUCAAAUUUGACACUUAAUCUUAGUCAAAAUUAAAUUGGUGAUGAUGGUGCAUCAGGCUUAGGUUCUGCUUUAGAAAAGUGCAUUAAUCUCUCAAACUUGACACUUGAUCUUAGUACCAAUUAAAUUGGUUCAAUAGGUGCAUCAGGCUUAGGUUCUGCUUUAGCAAAGUGCAUUAAUCUCUCAAAUUUGACACUUUAGCUUGGUCACAAUUAAAUUGGUGCAACAGGUGCAUCAGGCUUAGGUUCUGCUUUAGCAAAGUGCAUUAAUCUCUCAAAUUUGACACUUUAUCUUGGUACCAAUUAAAUUGGUGAUGAUGGUACAUCAGGCUUAGGUUCUGCUUUAGCAAAUUGCAUUAAUCUCUCUAAUUUGACACUUUAUCUUAGUGGAAAUUAAAUUGGUGAUGAAGGUACAUCAGGCUUAGGUUUUGCUUUAGCAAAGUGCAUUAAUCUCUCAAAUUUGACACUUUAUAUUAGUCAUAAUUAAAUUGGCGAUGAAGGUACAUCAGGCUUAGGUUAUGCUUUAGCAAAGUGCAUUAAUUUCUCAAACUUGAUACUUGAUCUUAGUCAAAAUUAAAUUGGUGAUGAUUGUGCAUCAGGCUUAGGUUCUGCUUUAGCAAAGUGCAUUAAUCUCUCAAACUUGACACUUCAUUUUAGUCUCAAUUAAAUUGGUGAUGAUGGUGCAUCAGGCUUAGGUUUUGCUUUAGCAAAGUGCAUUAAUCUCUCAAAUUUGACACUUUAUCUUAAUCAAAAUUAAAUUGGUGAUGAAGGUACAUCAGGCUUAGGUUCUGCUUUAGCAAAGUGCAUUAAUCUCUCAAAUUUGACACUUUAUCUUUAUCUCAAUUAAAUUGGUGAUGAUGGUACAUAAGGCUUAGGUUCUGCUUUAGCAAAGUGCAUUAAUCUCUCAAAUUUGACACUUGAUCUUCGUGGAAAUUAUAUUGGUGAUGAAGGUACAUCAGGCUUAGGUUUUGCUUUAGCAAAGUGCAUUAAUCUCUCAAAUUUGACACUUGAUCUUAGUACCAAUUAAAUUUGUGCAACAGGUGCAUCAGGCUUAGGUUCUGCUUUAGCAAAGUGCAUUAAUCUCUCAAAUUUGACACUUUAUCUUUAGUAAAAACAGUUUAUUUAUUUUGGAUUGUGA